CUCUUGGACCUUGUAUAAGGGCGUUUCCUGGUCUGCUGGGCUGAGUAAGGUUUUUCCUGACCCUUGGCUCCUGCCUCAGCCCUGCAGCCCAGGGCUUUUAUCCUUGGUUUGGGUUAUACUGCUUGAUACAAUGACUGGCCCAUAGGAAAGAAGAAUACAGAAAAACAGGAAUUUGAGAAGAAGCAGGGCCCAGGUUGGGUUCCUCUGGCUCAGGAUGUCAGGGCUGGUACUAGGACAGCGGGAAGAGCCAGCAGUUCACCGAUUGAGUCAAGAGGAGAUCCUGGGAAGCACUCGGCUGGUGACCCAGGGUUUGGAAGCAUUGAGAAGUGAGCACCAGGCAGUGUUACAGAGCCUGGCUCAUGCUAUUCAGUGCCUGCAACAUGAGGGCCAUGAAGCUGGACUGGUACACGAGAAGGCCCGGCAGCUUCGCCGUUCAAUGGAAAACAUUGAACUGGGUCUGGGGGAGGCACAGGUGAUGCUGGCACUGGCAAACCACCUUGGCACAGUGGAAUCAGAGAAGCAGAAGCUUAGGGCCCAAGUGCGGCGGUUAUGUCAGGAGAACCAGUGGCUUAGGGAUGAACUGGCAGGUACUCAGCAGCGCCUGCAGCGUAGUGAACAGGCAGUAGCCCAGUUGGAGGAAGAGAAAAAGCACCUGGAGUUCAUGGGGCAGCUUCGCCAAUAUGAUGAAGAUGGACCUCCUGUGGAGGAGAAAGAGGGCAAUUCCAAUAAGGAUUCUCUAGAUGAUCUCUUCCCCAGUGAGGAAGAAGAGGAGCCCAGCCAAGACUUGCCCAAGGGGACUUCAGCUGCUCAGCAAGGGGGUUAUGAGAUCCCAGCACGGUUGCGGACCCUGCACAACCUGGUGAUCCAGUAUGCAGCUCAGGGCCGAUAUGAGGUGGCAGUGCCACUCUGCAAACAGGCCCUAGAAGACCUGGAACGCACCUCAGGCAGAGGCCACCCUGAUGUUGCCACCAUGCUUAACAUCCUUGCCUUGGUCUAUCGGGACCAGAACAAAUAUAAGGAAGCAGCCCACUUGCUGAAUGACGCCCUGAGCAUCCGUGAGAGCACCCUGGGCCGGGACCACCCAGCGGUGGCUGCCACUCUCAACAAUUUGGCUGUGCUCUAUGGGAAGAGGGGCAAGUAUAAGGAGGCAGAGCCACUGUGUCAGCGAGCCCUGGAGAUCCGAGAAAAGGUCUUAGGUGCUGACCACCCAGAUGUGGCAAAGCAGCUAAACAACCUGGCCCUCCUCUGCCAGAACCAGGGCAAAUAUGAGGCAGUAGAACGCUACUAUGGCCGAGCCCUGGCCAUCUAUGAGGGUCAGCUGGGGCCGGACAACCCAAAUGUGGCCCGAACCAAGAACAAUCUGGCCUCCUGCUACCUGAAACAGGGAAAAUAUGCAGAAGCUGAGACUUUGUACAAGGAGAUUCUAACCCGGGCUCAUGUGCAGGAGUUUGGGUCUGUGGAUGAUGACCACAAGCCCAUAUGGAUGCAUGCAGAGGAGCGGGAGGAAAUGAGCAAGAGCCGGCACCGGGACAGUGCACCCUAUGCUGAAUAUGGAGGCUGGUACAAGGCAUGCAAGGUCAGCAGCCCUACAGUUAACACUACCCUAAGGAACCUUGGAGCUCUCUACCGUCGCCAGGGAAAGCUAGAAGCAGCUGAGACCCUGGAAGAAUGUGCCUUACGCUCCCGAAAACAGGGCACAGAUCCCAUCAGCCAGACUAAGGUAGUAGAGCUGCUUGGGGAGACUCAAGAAGGUCCUGGGGCCAGCGUUAAAUUUGAAGGGGGUGAUGAGGCCUCCGUUGCUGUAGAGUGGUCAGGGGAUGGUAGUGGGACCCUGCAGAGGAGUGGCUCUUUAGGAAAGAUCCGAGAUGUAUUUCGGCGAAGCAGUGAACUGCUAGUAAGAAAGCUGCAGGGAAAUGAGCCCCGACCCUCCAGUAGCAACAUGAAGCGAGCAGCCUCCUUAAACUACUUAAAUCAGCCCAGUGAGCAGUCUCUUCAGGGGUCACGAGGCCUCAGUGCUAGCACUAUGAACCUUUCUUCAAGCAGCUGACAUCUGACUCCCUAGGAUCUUCCCUACAGUGAUUCUACACACACACAGCAUUCUCUGUGGUUCCUGCCUCUACCAUGUCCCAGGGAACAGAAUGUCAGACCUUGGUGGACCAGUAGGGAUGGAAACUUGUAAACUGCUGGGUUGCUCUACCCAUUUAGGCUUUGGUUCCAUCCUCAGGAAGGCCCUGCUGGGCUCCCUUUUACUCCUUUGCCAUCUUCUAGAGUAGUUCGGAGUCCUCCAGAGACUCCAGAGCAAGUAUUCAGCAGGAAUGGAGGGCUGAGGCCCAAUAUCAUCGUUUUAGUAUGAAGGGUCUUUGGACUGGCCAAAUUCCUAUUCCUUGGCCUCACUUUUCUCUACAGAUUCCUUUCCUUCAGGUCCAAAUAUUUCACUUUUCUUAAAUAAAGUAAUCAGGAAA